AUGCAGUUAGUCACGAAGCUAGCAGCCUUUCUGCAGUUUCGCAUACCCCUUCAGCCCACCUUGGACAGCUUACAAACUUGCCCCGGAUCCCCAAACAACGCCAUAUCCCCCCGCUCGUCGAGUCGUAGGGAUCUAAACUCAUCGGACGUUUUCCAGAGUAAACAAAAUGGACCGGUCACUGUCCCAGAUCCUUAUAGUUGGCUACACGAGCCGCCCAAUCAGAGUAAAGAGACAAAGAAAUUCGUCACCAGGCAACGAACUUUUACGAAGGAUUACCUGAGCCAAUACUCCCAUCGAGACUCGCUCUAUCGGACAGUAAAAAAGAAUAUGGAUUACGGAAGUAUCGGUUGUCCAUUGCUGAAGCCCGAUGGAUACUACUACUUCUGGUUCAACUCAGGCCUACAAUCCCAAUACGUGCUCUAUCGGGUCAAAAAAGGGGAGGAGGAGGAAGCCUUCAAGCGGGCUAGCGACCCCAAACAGAAAAAGCCUGUGGGGGAGCUCUUCCUCGAUCCCAACCUGUUCUCGAUUGAUGGCACCACCGCACUCAGUCUCUCGGCGACUUCCGAGUCGGGCAUCUACAUGGCCUAUGGAGUCUCUCGCUCUGGGAGCGACACUAAUACUGUUUACGUCCGUCGCGGUGACCACCCGCAUACCAAGACUGCUGCCGAGGGCGGCAAGAGAGGCGAGGACCCUGGGCGGAUGAAAGACAUCGUCGAAAAUGUCAAACCGAAUGUAGUCACUUGGAUGAACGAUGAUUCUGGUUUUUUCUAUGCAAGAUUCCCCGACAAACAGCCCAAAGAGCCAAAGCCCAAAGCUACCGGGCCCGGUAAAAAUCAAGUCGGGAUUGAUGCCGGGACAGACACCCAAUCUGAGCUCAAUCACAUGGUCUACUUUCACAAACUUGGCGAGCCACAGAGUAAAGAUAUAUUGAUCGUCAAGGACCCAGAGAAUCCAACAUACGUAUGGGGACCUGCAGUUUCGGAGGACGGCAAGUACCUCAUCUUGGAGGUUAAUGCGGACACCGACGACUCCAACCAACUCUGGGUUGCUGAUCUGACCUCUCAGCCCCUGUCGAGUGAAAUGAAGUGGCAAAAGAUCGUGAAUAAGUUUGGCCAUAGGUACUCCUUCCUUGCGAAUGAUGACAGUCAACUGUAUAUCUAUACCAACAAGGAUGCACCCAAGUACAAAGUGGUGAUGUAUGACUUGGACAAGCCGGAAGAAGGGUUCACAGACUUGGUACCCGAGGAUCCUCAUGCGGUCCUGGGGGGGUAUCAUCCCAUCAACAACCACCAGGCCAUUCUGACCUAUUCACGGGACGUCAAAGAUGAGAUAUACCUUCAUGAGAUCAAGUCCGGCAAGCGUAUCAAACGAAUCGGCGAGCAGUUGAUCGCUAGCGUCGACAGCCUCUCCGGCCGGCGAAAACAUCACGAGUUCUUCGUCUCAAUCAAUAGCUUCAUAACUCCUGGAGCGAUCUACCGCUACCGUUUUGAUAGUCAAGAGGAUCCGGAACUGGUCGAAUUCAGCAAGACUGCGAUGUCUGGAUUAAAUUCCGAUGAUUUCGUCUCCAAACAAGUGUUCUAUCAUUCAAAGGAUGGGACCAAAGUGCCGAUGUUCAUCGUUCACAGGAAAGACUUCAAGCAAGACGGUACUGCGCCCGCUAUUCAGUACGGAUACGGUGGAUAUUCUUUUAGCGUCACGCCCUUCUUUUCGCCCGCUUUCAUGACCUUUGUAGCACAUUAUGGAGGGGUACUCGCUGUGCCAAACAUCCGAGGGGGUGGAGAGUAUGGAGAGGACUGGCAUUUAGCAGGCUGCUUUGAUAAAAAACAGAAUGUGUUUGAUGACUUUCAGUACGCAACCAAGUAUCUGAUCGAGAAUCGGUACGUGGCUCCCGAUAAGGUGACCAUCAUGGGCGGCAGUAACGGUGGUCUCGUGGUGGCCGCCUGCGUCAACCAGGCCCCGGAGCUCUAUGGAGCUGCUGUUGCCGAGAUGGGGGUAUUUGACAUGUUGAGGUUCCAGCGGUUCACGGUUGGACGUACUUGGAUCUCUGAGUUUGGAGACCCAGACGACCCCAAGGCGUUCGACUACUUGAUCAAAUAUUCCCCCUUGCAUAACAUCAACCCGGACGCCGAAUAUCCAGCUCUCAUGCUCCUCACAGCGGACCACGACGAUCGGGUCGUCCCUCUACACAGCUUCAAGUAUGCAGCUGCGGUCCAACACGCACUCCCGAUGAAUACACAACCUUGCUUGUUGAGGGUCGAGGUCGACGCGGGUCAUUCAGCCGGCAAGAGCACUGAGAUGGAGAUCAAUUCAAUCGUCGACCAGCUCAGCUUCAUCGCCCUCAGUCUUGACUUGGAGUGGCAGGAAUAUCACGGAAGGAAACGUAUUGAUACAUUAAGGACAUAG